CCUUCUUGUUUCGAAAAAUAUCAUAAAAGAAGUUAUAUAAGCCACAGAUAACUAGAGGCACUAAGCUAACCACAUGCAAAAACCGACAGUGCAGAUUUUCUGGUGAUGCAAAAAGCCUCUUAAGUCGACCACACGAUGCUAUUCCCAUCCAAUAUCCAUGCACCAGAAGCACGUACUCACUUCACAUAAUCCAAUUCGCAUUGCAUAUGCUCUUACGUCACCACCACAAACUAUGUCACUCUUUAUAAAAAUAGGAACAAUCUAGCACACACUGCAAAGAGCAACACAGUCACAUACACAUACUACUACUCGUUUCAUUUGCCUCUUGUAGUAGCCAAUAGCCAUGGUUUUCCAAACAAGCAAUAAUCCCCAUUUCGUAUUGUUUCCCCUAAUGGCUCAAGGCCACAUCAUCCCCAUGAUGGACAUUGCAAGACUAUUGGCGCGGCGUGGUGUGAUUGUUACCAUAUUCACUACCCCAAAGAAUGCAUCACGUUUCAAUUCUGUUCUUUCUCGUGCUGUUUCAUCAGGCCUCCAAAUCCGGCUAGUUCAACUCCACUUUCCAUCCAAAGAAGCAGGACUACCCGAAGGGUGCGAGAAUUUCGACAUGUUAACAUCAAUGGACAUGAUGUACAAAGUCUUCCACGCCAUCAGCAUGCUCCAAAAGUCAGCAGAGGAGUUGUUUGAAGCACUGAUACCAAAACCAAGUUGCAUAAUCUCUGACUUUUGCAUUCCUUGGACCGCUCAAGUAGCUGAAAAGCAUCAUAUUCCAAGGAUUUCGUUUCACGGUUUUUCUUGCUUCUGCCUCCAUUGUCUGCUCAUGGUACACACUUCAAAUAUUUGUGAAAGCAUCACUUCAGAAUCCGAGUACUUCACUAUCCCCGGCAUACCUGGUCAAAUUCAAGCUACCAAAGAGCAGAUACCUAUGAUGAUCUCAAAUUCAGAUGAAGAAAUGAAGCACUUCGGGGACCAGAUGCGUGAUGCUGAAAUGAAGUCAUACGGGCUAAUCAUAAACACUUUUGAAGAGUUGGAGAAGGCAUACGUGACGGAUUACAAGAAGGUGAGAAAUGAUAAGGUGUGGUGCAUUGGUCCUGUUUCAUUCUGUAACAAAGAUGAUUUGGAUAAAGCUCAAAGAGGCGACCAGGCCUCAAUUAAUGAGCACCAUUGCCUGAAAUGGCUAGAUUUGCAGAAAUCCAAGUCUGUGGUCUAUGUUUGUUUUGGAAGCUUAUGCAACUUGAUUCCUUCACAACUUGUAGAGCUGGCAUUGGCCUUGGAAGAUACUAAAAGACCAUUUGUAUGGGUUAUUAGAGAGGGAAGUAAGUACCAAGAGUUGGAAAAAUGGAUCAGUGAAGAAGGGUUUGAGGAAAGGACCAAAGGGAGAGGCCUUAUAAUUCGAGGUUGGGCUCCACAAGUGCUAAUAUUAUCACACCAUGCCAUUGGAGGAUUCUUAACACAUUGUGGUUGGAAUUCAACACUUGAAGGGAUAGGUGCUGGAUUGCCAAUGAUUACCUGGCCUCUAUUUGCUGAUCAAUUUUUGAAUGAGAAGCUUGUUACUAAAGUGUUGAAGAUUGGUGUGAGCGUAGGGGUAGAGGUUCCCAUGAAGUUUGGAGAGGAAGAGAAAACAGGGGUGUUGGUGAAGAAGGAAGAUAUUAAUAGGGCAAUAUGCAUGGUGAUGGAUGAUGAUGGAGAAGAAAGCAAAGAGAGAAGAGAAAGGGCAACCAAACUCAGUGAGAUGGCAAAGAGAGCAGUUGAAAAUGGAGGGUCUUCUCAUCUUGACUUGAGUUUGCUUAUCCAAGACAUUAUGCAACAAUCUAGUAGCAAGGAGGAAAUAAUGUCGACGCCUAAAGAGUCACAAUUUUCAUGUAACGUUUGAUUUUUUAUUUAUUUUUUAAAUAAUGGCGAUGAUAAGAAAAGAGACUAAGUCGAACUUAAAUUUUCAUGUAUCUAUGCUAGCUCCUACUACUAUGCAAAUCCAAGGUAUGCUUGAUUUUUUUUUAACCA